GUUCAAGAACCCGAAUGCAGAGUAUCACGUAUCAGUUCCUUUUGAGCUGGUCAUUAUCUUCAGCCAUCCAAGGCAUCACCCUUGUGCGGUUCUCAUAUCUGUUGGAAGGAGUUAGGCGGGUUGGGUAACCAUCCUUUCACCGAUUGCUGAUCGACUGAGGUAGGUAGUUAGGUCGCCUCAUCCACCCGACGCCAUGAAGCCUUGCCGCAACCGUGAGAGUCCCGCUUGACACCCGUCGUGGAAACCAUGUCGUUGAGCAGCUCGUCGACGCGCGCAUCUCCCGGUCGCUAUCGCCCCGUCCUAUACAUUGCUACAGGCCUUGCUGCGGCGUAUGCCGUCCUCCUUAUCCACCGGCAUUUCUAUCCUCCCUACCAUACUGACCUUCGACGUCGAAAUGCCAUACGACGCCCUUCCAGAAGAAGAGGCGUGCCGUCGGAAGCCGGCGACAGUGUCGAUAUUUCGACCUCCAUCGAGGCUAUACGAAGGCUGCAACAGUUAAUAUCCGCCGACGAAUCGUACGGAACGUUCAGAGUCGAAGUGGACACCGGUCGUUCAUACCAAUGUCUCCUUACACCGUCCGAGUUUCCGUCAAGGGAGGAAUUACAGGCGAUCCUCGACGUUGGCCAAAACCAGGCCACCUUGAUACGUAGGAUGAUGGAGGAUUCGUUUCUGGAGAACUUCUUUGCCUUCGAAUACCCUCCUUCCCACGUUAUUUCGCGGUCCACAGGCGAAUACCAGUAUUUACAGCACCAUCUGUUGGACUGGGGCUUUACCGAACCAUGCAUUUUGCGGGCAAUCAACAUGUUCAAUAACGAUCCCAAUUUUGGUGAAGUUCUACGCCGCAGGAGGAGUAAUGGUGAAGCUACGAGCCUGGAAAUAACUGGAAAUACUGUGAUCGACGCUUAUCACCAAAUGCCAGAGCCUUCUGCCGAUACUCAAAGUUUGUUUUCGUGGCGGGAUGGUAGCGAUGACACGCCCCCUUCUAGGGAAGGACAGAAUUUGUUGAAUCUGUUGUAUCAUAUUGCGGAAGACCAAGCCAGGCGAGAUGGAUAUAUUCACCGUGGCAUUACCUGCAAUCAUUGUGGAGUUGUUCCGAUACAAGGGAUACGAUAUCGCUGUGUUAAUUGCGUCGACUUUGACCUUUGCGAAGCUUGUGAGGCAAUGCAGGGCCAUGUUAAGACUCACGUGUUUUACAAAGUGAGGAUUCCAGCGCCAUUCCUAGGCAGUCCUCGGCACUCUCAGCCGGUGCUUUACCCAGGAAGACCAAUGAGGCUUUCUCGUAGUCUACCCCGGGUCAUUGCGAAGCGGCUCUCGAGAGAAACGAAGUUUGAAAAUACCGAGUUAGAUGCACUUUGGGAGCAGUUUCGAUGCUUGGCCAGUGCAGAAUGGCAGAGUGAUCCAAACAAAUUCUGUCUGGCCAUUGAUCGCAAUACAUUUGAUAGGUGUUUUCUGCCAAAUGUGGCCAGCCGCCCUCCGGGCCCUAACCUCAUUUACGAUCGAAUUUUCUCCUUCUACGAUACCAACGGCGAUAACUUGAUAGGAUUCGAAGAAUUCGUAAAAGGAUUGGCUAGUUUUGGCAAUAAGAGUACUCAUGAACGUUUAAAACGGGCAUUCAACGGAUAUGACAUCGAUGGGGAUGGUUAUGUGGAAAGGAAGGACUUUUUAAGGAUAUUUAGAGCUCAUUAUAUUCUUACCAGAGAGACAACUCGAGAUUUGCUUACAAGCAUCGAAGAGGAGUACGUCGACACCGGUAACCGAGAUAUCAUCCUUGGUAGUCAACCCAUCAGUUCUGCAUUUUCCGGGCUUCCACCUGUUGGUGACCCAUCAAGAACUGGUGAAGGCAAACGACCAAAUUUGCACGGCGAUAUGGAGAUUGUCGAUAACCAAGGGAUUCUCCAAGAGGAGGUAGAAGAGGAGCUUGACAGACAUGUUGUAAUUGGGGAUGCUGCUGCGAGGAACACGUUUGGCAGGUCACGGCCUACAUGGCUACGUCUCACUCCCCAGAUUCAACAGCGAGACUUGUUUGGAAGUGAUGGUCGUGAUGAAGGUGGUGAUAGAAACAACGAUGAAUCCUCAGACUUCUCCAUAGAUUUCGAGGAGUGGCCACCACCUGAAGAUGUUCAGGCCGAGGAUAUAGUCCAGGCCUUGGGUGCCUAUGUUCCAUAUGAAGAGGUCAUGGAUCGUGUUGAUAGAGCCCGGAUAGCAUCAUGUGUUGCCGAGCGUUUCAAUCGCGAAGACCGAGAGCAUAUUGAACAUGUGAGGCGCACAGGCAUUGAAGAAAGGUGGAGGCGUAGACACUUUUAUAUUGACGAGGAGAAUGGCGUUACGGCUCCUCCAGGGUUUCACGAUGAAAAUGAAGAUGCUGUUGAGGAUGCAGACGAGACGGAAUCUCAUAUUCCAUCACCCAGGUCAAGGUCAUCAUCAAAAGUUCGCUUCCAAGAUGACAUUACGGAUAAUGAAUACGAAACGCGAUCUAACCCCUCGACAUCCUCGCGCAGUAUUCCCAUGGGUGAAAGAUGGGGCGGUAUUGAGAUACCAGAAGUCGAACGAGACGUUGGAAAGGAAGUCCUGUUUCAAGUCACACAGCAAGGUCUGAAUGAGAUAUUGGAUAUACUUUUCAAGACCAAAGAAGAUCUGAUCAUGGAAGCUUAUCGCACCCGAGCAGAGAGAAAGCGGUGGGCUAAAGAAAUCGAAGACUUUGCAGACGCACAUUAUAGGCCUCCACGAGCAGACGGUAAAGAGCGGGACUUAGGACUUAGUGUAGAAGACAUCGGACCGGAAACGGAUGACAUUCCUCCUGCGGACAAGCCCCUUCAACAGCUGCUAAACGAGGCGGGCUAUUCCCUUGUUUCCGAGCCGGACAAUGAUCAGGAGACAUCAGAUCCUCUUGAGAUUGCAGAGACUUCAAGUCAUUCACCUGUGCCCGAUAGGGAUAACGAGCAGGUGGUCUCAGAUCUUCCCGAGAACGACCAUGUUCCAUCGGCCUCUGAAAAUAUGGCGUUCGAAGUCGAGGAAGAGGAUGACGAAAGUCACGUCGGCCAUGCAUUCCUACAAGAUUCUGAAGAUACGCCUGCUUUAGAUGAAGCUUUGCAAAUCAGCGAAGCCACAAACUUCAACACCCUCGCUAACCGCUCUAUUGCCCAUGCCGACUCUCCUGUUUAUGAAUCUGCGCCAACGUCCACCGCUGCGUCCGCUUCAAGCUCUAGCCAAUCCAACCAGGCCUUACACCACUCCAACGCUUCUCUCCCGCUCCGCCUCCGCUUCCAACAACCUCGCCACCGCAGACGAUCAUCCCACACCAGUCAAAUAGCCAAUCCAUCAUGCUCCUCUACUAUUUCCUCAGAUCCCGCAAAGCAUCACAUCCCUCCACCUUCUCCACCAAUACCUCCGUCUCCGAAAACUCUGGCACGCUGGUACCGGUUGAGCCAGGUAGAGAAGGAAGCAAAAGAGCGAGGCGGAACGGGUGCAAAGCUAAAUUUUGAGGAGUUUGCACAGCAGAUGCAAGGUGAAAGGGGUAAAAGUUUGUUAUUCUUAACUAGUUGGCUUGAUAUGAUCAGCUUUUAG